AGAAAUUCUGAUAUAAAUACCUUCAACACGCCAUGCAGGUUUAUUCAGCAAUGAUGCACAAAGAAACACUUGAUCAUUAAGAUAACUAGACCAUGAUUGCCUUGGUAAUCCUACUUGUUAUGGUUAGGGUCCACGACAGUAUCGCGGAAGUCCUGAUCCCCAUGAAAGCAGAUUAUCGUGACCACCCCUGUAUAAGGACCUGUCAAGUAAACUACCCCAUGGUCUGCGAGUAUGCCUUCCGAGCGGAGUAUUUCUACACUCUCACCAAAGCCUGUUGGAACUGUCCUCAUAACGUCAGUGACUGCUAUAGACCAGGGUGUGUUCCAGCCGACGGUAAUUCCCGGGCGAUACUAGUCAUCAACAGGAUGCUGCCUGGACCAGGCAUUCACGUAUGUGAGGGUGACACUGUUAUCGUUAAUCUUCAUAACAAAAUGACUGGUGAGGGGAUGUCAAUUCAUUGGCAUGGGAUCCUUCAGCACGACUCCCCACAUAUGGACGGUGUUGGUAUGCUGACACAGUGCCCCAUACCUGCCUAUACUACAUUCCAAUAUAGAUUUAAAGUCAGCGAUCCAGGCACCCACUUUUGGCACGGACACUUCGGGCUACAUCGCGCUGAUGGAAUCUUUGGGGCAUUUGUUGUUCGACAAGCCGCCGAACACGAGUUGCAACACGGUCUUUAUGACUACGACCUUCCCGAACAUACUAUACUCAUCAACGACUGGUUACUGGAAUUAACACUGAAUCGGUUUGCUAAUCACCAUCAAGCUUACGGAGACAAUAAGCCUGGUUCGAUGCUCAUCAAUGGCAAGGGGGCGCAUCGUGUUUUCUACGACAAUGAACGAACGAUAAACAUCACAACACCAUAUGAAGUGUUUAAUGUUGAGCGCGGACGACGUUACCGAUUCCGGAUAAUUAGCAAUGGCAUACUGAACUGUCCAGUCCAGUUCUCAAUUGACAACCAUACACUUCGCGUCAUCAGCAGCGAUGGAAAUCCAUUUCAAUACAUAGAUGUUGAAAGCAUUAACUUAUUCGCCGGGGAGAGGUACGAUGUGGUUGUUCUGGCUGACCAGGAUAUGGACAAUUACUGGGUUAGGGCGCGGGGACAGGGGGAUUGUUCGGUGAAGAAUGCGUUCCAGCAAGCCAUCCUUCGCUACAAUGGAUCAGCCGAGGAGCUUCCGAAUCGACCAUCUGGCUACCUGUUUGGAGCGCGUGCAGGAAAAAAACUAAAUCCAUGGAAUAGGAAAGCGACAGAUAUGCUUGUACCGGUAACGCACCUUGAAAAUUUGAGACCGUCUAACAAAGCUCUUAAUGAUAUACCAGACAAAAAGUUUUACCUCGCCAUGGAUUUCAACAACAUCGAAAACUUCAACUUCUACGUUGGGCCUGAAUAUGUUCCCCCGUUGACUGUUGGGAAGGCACACACCCAUCUAUUGACACCACAAAUCAACCACAUCAGUAACACACUACCGCCUUCCCCUCCUCUCUCGCAGUUCAAUGACAUACCACAGGACAUGUUUUGUAACGCUGCCACGGUGCAAAAGAAUUGUUCUGCGGAAUAUUGUGAGUGUAUUCACACGAUAAAGGUGGACCUUAAUGACACGGUUGAACUCGUCAUCAUAGAUGAAGGAAAGGUCUGGGAUGCCAACCAUCCAAUGCAUCUUCACGGUCAUAAGUUUAGAGUUAUAGGCAUGGACAGGCUCAACAAGUCUACGACUCUUGAGGAGGUAAAAAAAUUGGACAAUGAAGGAAAAUUGAUGAGGAAUCUUACGUCACCGGUUGAUAAGGACACAGUUACCGUCCCUGAUGGUGGCUAUGUUAUCCUCCGAAUCCAUGCCGACAAUCCAGGAUUCUGGUUCAUGCAUUGUCACCUUGAAUUCCACGCCGACGUUGGAAUGGGGUUUGUGCUUCAGGUCGGCGGGCUCGACCAGAUCCCUUCCACUCCUGCAAACUUCCCUCGGUGUGGGAACUGGCCACACAUAAUCGCGCCACCAGCAGAUAAAAGCGUAGAAAAAAAGUUUACAACAUGACAAGACGAUGAAUAUUUCCUAUCAUAUUUAACUAUGAUC